AUGUCUUCAAACCAACGAGGUGGCGGAGGCGGUGGUGGUAGUAGAGGAGGCAGAGGAGGCUCGAAUAAAGGUGGUAGACACGCCUCCCACUCCCAGCCUCGCACCGUCCUCGUCUCCAAAGCCCUCUCCCGACUCCUCCGCCACGCGGCCGUGGACGAAGGCGUGCCCAUCGACAAGGACGGCUAUGUCAGGAUGGACCAUUUGUUUUCAUGGCCGCGGAUCCGAAACAUGAAGCCGCCGGUGACGAUGGGGGAGAUUAUCGCUGUUGUUCAGGAUAACGAGAAGAAGAGGUUUGCUUUGAAGUAUGUGCCCGCAGGGGACAGCACAAACGAAGACUCUGCUCGAGAAGCGGAAGCACCCACAACUACAUCCACCACCUCGACGACCUCUACUGACGCAAAGUCUGAAUCCGAAUCCGAAACUCAACGUGCAAUCGCCGUCUAUGAAGCCACCAAAAACAAAGACAGGACAGACCAGCAGAAUCAGGAUCUUUUGUCAAAAUUCUUCAUCCGCGCCACCCAAGGCCACAGCAUGAAACUGGUCGAGGCGGAAAAUUUGUUGAAGCAAAUCACAUUGGACGAUCCAUCUACGAUUCCCGAUACCGUGGUCCAUGGUACGUUCUAUGGUGCUUGGCAGAAGAUAUUGGAGAGUGGUGGGUUGAAGAGGAUGGGGAGGAAUCAUAUCCAUUUUGCGACGGGGCCGGCUUUGGAACAGGUUUGGGGGUUGGCAGAUGCCGGCGGUCGCAACAACGAUGAUGAUGCUGCUGCUGCGAAACAGGAGGAUCAAAACCAAGAGUCGAAAAGUAAUACUUCUGCAAUUGGAUCCAUCCUCACCAAAAACAAAGUCAUCAGCGGCAUGAGGUCCGAUGCCCAGAUUUUGAUCUACGUCGAUAUCCGGAAAGCACUGGCUGAAAAUCCGGAUAUGACGUGGUGGAGGAGUGAGAAUGGGGUUAUUCUGACGGAGGGUGUUGAGCGGAGGAGUAAAGAAGGAUCGGAAAAAGGACAAGUGGAUGGAAACGAAGAAGUCGAUGGAGAGAAAGUGGAUACCAAUGCCGAUACAACCAAACUCCUCCCUACAGAAUACUUCCUCGCCGCCGUCGAGAUCAAAAACGGUCUUGGACUGCUUUGGAAGCAAGGUCAGGGCGUUGUGAGGGAUUUGCCUGACAAUUUGAAGAAUCAGGCUUUACCCUUUGGGAAAAGAAGAGGGGAAGAAGGAAAAGGAAAAGGAGGGAGAGGAAGAGGUCGAGCCCGAGGUGGAAAUCGAGGUCGAGAUCGAGAUUGA